ACUUCCAACAACAUGGGCUAAGAUUAUUUUAGGAAGAAAACCAACUGGAAAAAUCAAUGAAGUUCCUUCUUCUCACAUUUGUUGGUGUUGUUCACCUUUUAUCCCUGAGCUCUGGGAAAACGAUAUGUAAGAAUGACAUCUCUCAGAGGUCUUUUCAAGAAAUUAAAGAAGAAAUAGCCAGCUAUGGAGAUGUUGCUAAAGCAAUCAUCAACCUUGCUGUUUAUGGUAAAGCCCAGAACAGAUCCUAUGAGCGACUGGCACUUCUGGUGGAUACUGUUGGACCCAGACCAAGUGGCUCCAAGAGCUUAGAAAAAGCCAUCCAAAUCAUGCACCAGAACCUGCAGGAAGAUGGGCUGGAGAAUGUCCACUUGGAGCCGGUCAAAAUACCCCACUGGGAGAGGGGGGAAGAAUCUGCUGUGAUGCUGGAGCCAAGGAUUCACAAGAUGGCUAUUUUGGGUCUUGGAAGCAGCAUUGGGACUCCCCCAGAAGGCAUUACAGCAGAAGUUCUCGUGGUGACCUCGUUCGAGGAACUGCAGAGAAGGGCCCCAGAAGCAAGAGGGAAGAUUGUUGUGUAUAAUCAACCUUAUGUCAACUACUCGAAGACAGUGCAGUACCGAGUCCAGGGGUCAGUGGAAGCUGCCAAAGUGGGGGCUGUGGCAUCCCUGAUUCGAUCAGUGGCUUCCUUCUCCAUCUACAGUCCUCACACAGGUAUUCAGGAAUACCAAGAUGGUGUGCCAAAAAUCCCAACAGCCUGUAUUACAGUGGAAGAUGCAGAAAUGAUGUCAAGAAUGGCUUCUCGUGGGAACAGAAUUGUUAUUCAGCUGAAGAUGGGGGCAAAGAACUAUCCAGAUGCUGAUUCCUUCAACACUGUAGCAGAGAUCGUUGGCAGCAAGUACCCAGAGCAGGUCGUACUGGUCAGUGGACAUCUGGACAGCUGGGAUGUGGGGCAGGGUGCCAUGGAUGAUGGCGGUGGAGCCUUUAUAUCAUGGGAAGCACUCUCGCUUAUUAAAGAUCUUGGGUUGCGACCAAAGAGGACUCUGCGUUUGGUGCUCUGGACUGCAGAGGAACAAGGUGGAAUCGGUGCCUUCCAGUAUUAUCAGUUACACAAGGCAAAUAUUUCCAACUACAGCCUGGUGAUGGAGUCUGAUCUGGGAACCUUCUUACCCUCUGGGCUGCAAUUCACUGGCAGCGAAAAGGCCAGGACCAUCGUGGAGGAGGUCAUGAGCCUGCUGCAGCCUGUCAACAUCACACAGGUCUUUAGGGCUGGAGAAGGGACAGACAUUAACUUCUGGAUCCAAGCUGGAGUGCCUGCCACCCGAUGCUCACCUCCAUCCCCGGGACCUGUGUUGACCUGGAAGCUAAGAAGUCCAAAUAUGAUACAGGCCAGAGGAAGAAGGACAACGGAGCUGCUGGGAACUGAGCUCUGCCUUCUGCUGCUAAAAGACAGACACAUCCCUGCCCACUAGAAGUAUUUAGCUAUUCUCUCCAGAAAUGGAUUAUCCCCAGGCAAGGUAUGUGAGAGCAGAGUCGGAAGUCCUAAAGAUCUGAAUUUUAAUCCUGUCUGAUCACGGGUUGACUGGUAAUUACCGACAAGGGAUUGUAAAGUGUGCUAUCCUUCUUCAUCCUUGCUAGGAUACUUUUAAAUUAAACAAAGCACUUGAUAAGCUCUACAGAACGGCUCCAACAACAUGACGCAGCAUUAUUUUUACAGUCGAGCAUAAACCCCCCGAGAAUGCAACCGCCAUGUCUUCCCUCUCACUGGCUCUUACGCUGCAGCUACUUUAGUCCUAACUUGUUGGUUAACCAAUCACAAAAGACUCAGAAACAGGAGAUAAUGUCCACUCUGUGUUUUGCAUGAUAUUAAAAUAAAUAACCCUAGCAAACUCA